AUGGCUAACAAUGAAGAGGUUAUAUUUGAGUCUGACAACAAAAAGAUAAAAUUAGAUAUUCCAAAUUCAUCCGUCAUACUCUCACAGAACAAAAUCAAGCAGAAAUCAUCUACAAGUACUGUUGUAUAUGAUAAGAAAUUGCAUGAAGAACAAGAAAAAAUUGCUCAUAUGGAACGUGUUCGAAAACAACGAUCAUACAAUGGUGAUUUAAUUGAUUCUUACAAACAACGACAAUGUGACGAAUUUGAAUUAACACUUGAAAAAGAUCCAGAAACAAAUAAUCCUAUUAUUGAAGUUCAUUUAUUCCUUGUCAUGGAUAUGAAACAGCAUCAAAUUGAUGGUGUACAAUUUUUAUGGAAACAAGUUUUUGAUUCGACACAUCAAAUUGCAACUAGUAUUGAUCGGCGAACUCAAACAGAUAGUGGUGGUUUGGGAGCUAUUUUAGCUCAUUGUAUGGGAUUAGGCAAAACGUUUACCACUAUUAUAUUGAUUCACACACUUUUUCAAUAUUCAAAAUUAACACAUAUUAAACGAGUACUUAUACUAUGUCCACUAAAUACUGCUAUCAAUUGGAAAAAUGAAUUUCAUUAUUGGUUAAAUGAACUUCAACCAAAAAUUAAUGUAUAUUUAUUUAGUAGUAAUGAUGUUCGUGCCAAUGAUCGAGAGCAAUAUCUUCAUCAAUGGUAUGAAAGUGGUGGAGUUCUUUUGAUGGGUUAUGAAAUGUAUCGUCAAUUAACAUAUACAUCCGAAGAUAACCCUUAUGAAAAUUUGGAAAGAACUCGAAAAAAAACCCAGAAAAGAAGGUAUCUACGUGAUCCAGGUCCAGAUCUAAUUAUUUGUGAUGAAGGCCAUAUGAUUAAAAAUCGAAAGAGUCGAAUUGCUUGUACAUUGAAUGAAAUCCGAACACGUCGUCGUAUUAUAUUAACCGGAACACCAAUGCAAAAUAAUCUACAAGAAUAUUAUUCAAUGGUUGAUUUUUGUAGACCGAAUUUUCUUGGCACAGAAUUACGUUUUGCAGAUAACUUUCGUAAACCAAUUGAAGCCGGGCAACAUCGAGAUAGUUCAAAAGAAGAUGUUGACUACAUGCGUCGUCGUGUGUAUGCACUCAAUAAACGUUUACAACCUAUUAUACAUAGACGAAGUUUCGAAGUUUUACAAACAUUUUUACCACCAAAAUUCGAAUAUGCUAUUAAAAUUAAAUGUCGACCAUUGCAACGAAAACUUUAUGAAACAUACAUUACACAUCAAAAUCUUAAUGCUGAACUUGAUAUGACUAAAUUAUUUGCGGAUUAUCAAUAUUUAAUGAAAAUUUGGACGCAUCCAUGGCUUCUUCAACCGUAUUUUAUUGAAUAUUAUAAAAAAAACAUUGAAAAAUGGUGA